UCUUGCAGAGACUCCAACCGUCAUGUUAAGGUAAAGCAGAAAAGCUCAGUGCUGAACAUGCUAAAGAGGCUGGACAAAAUAAGGUUCAGAGGUCACAAGAGAGAUGAGUUCCUUGAUUUAGCAGAGUCUCCAAAUGCUUCAGACACUGAAUGUGGAGAUGAAAUCCCAGUGAAAAUACCUCGAACAUCACCCCGGGACAAUGAAGAGCUAAGAGACCCUGCUGGUCCAGGGACCAUCAUCAUGGCUUCAGGAGUCCAGGACUUUAACAGAACGGAGUCUGACAGACUGAAUGAGAUCAAAGGGCACCUGGAAAUAGCCUUAUUGGAGAAACACUUUUUGCAGGAAGAGCUCAGGAAGCUGAGAGAAGAAACAAAUGCUGAAACGUUAAGGCAAGAGCUAGAAAAAGAACGGCAGAGAAGAUUAGAACUGGAACAAAAAGUCCAUGAAGUGCUCAAAGCAAGAGCAGAAGAGGUGCCUGCAGCUCAGCAACCUGCAAAGCCACAGCCUCAAGCCAAUGGAACAGAUAAGCGUAGUCACACAGUGUGUUCGAGACUCCAGAAGUGGUUUUAUGACAAAUUUGGGGAGUAUGUUGAGGACUUCAGAUUUCAGCCAGAGGAAAAUACAGUGGAAACAGAAGAACCACUCAGUGCUAGAAGAUUGACUGAAAAUAUGAGAAGAUUAAAGAGAGGUGCCAAACCUGUUACUAAUUUUGUGAAGAAUCUUUCUGCCUUAUCAGACUGGUACUCUAUCUACACUUCUGCUAUUGCCUUUAUUAUUUACAUGAAUGCUGUAUGGCAUGGCUGGGCCAUUCCUAUGUUCUUAUUUUUAGCAAUUUUGAGGUUGUCCCUAAAUUACCUCAUAGCCAGGGGCUGGAGAAUACAGUGGAGCAUUGUGCCUGAAGUGUCUGAACCCAUGGAACCUCCCAAAGAGGACCUGACAGUGUCAGAAAAGUUUCAGCUUGUCCUAGAUGUGGCUCAGAAAGCACAGAACCUUUUUGGCAAGAUGGCAGACAUACUGGAAAAAAUAAAAAACUUGUUCAUGUGGGUCCAGCCAGAAAUAACACAGAAGCUCUACAUUACUCUAUGGGCAGCUUUUAUUGCAUCCUGCUUUUUGCCCUACAGGAUUAUUGGUCUUGCAAUGGGUCUCUAUGCUGGAAUCAAGUUUUUCCUUAUUGACUUUAUCUUCAAAAGAUGUCCCAGGCUUAGAGCUAAGUAUGAUACUCCUUAUAUCAUCUGGACAAGUCUACCCACAGAUCCUCAGCUCAAAGAAAGAUCUAAUGCUACAGUGUCGAGACGGCUUCAAACAGCAGCAUCAAGAAGUUACGUAGGCUCAAGCGCUCCAGCUGGAAUAAACAAGGAUGAAGACAGCAGUCGUUUUCAUACCACCAAGAGAGGCAAUUUCCAUGAAGUUUUUAACCUGUCAGAAAAUGAGCGCCCAUUAGCAGUGUGUGAAAAUGGCUGGCGCUGUUGCUUGAUCAACAGGGAUAGGAAGAUGCCUACAGACUACAUUAGGAAUGGGAUUCUUUAUGUCACAGAAAAUUACUUGUGCUUUGAAAGCUCCAAAUCUGGUUCGUCUAAAAGAAAUAAAGUUAUAAAGCUAACAGAUAUUACAGAUAUUCAGAAGUAUAAAGUACUCUCUGUCCUCCCGGGAUCAGGGAUGGGAAUUGCUGUUUCAACACUGUCUACGCAAAAACCUUUGGUGUUUGGUGCCAUGGUACAUAGAGAUGAAGCUUUUGAGACAAUUUUCAACCAAUAUGUGAAAAUAACCUCUGCAUCGUCAAACACUGAGAGCUAGUACCUUACCUUAGAAGAUCUAAAGAAACUUUCUCAAUUUACAACUUGGCAGUGGGAGAAAAAGAACAUCCUCAUCUAUUUUGCAAUAAUUUUUCUUGUCUUGUGGUUUUUAUUCUAUCUGUUACAUAAAUCAAGUGUAUUUUUUAUAUGCCUUCAUGUUUGUUUUUAAGGUUUUUGUAAAAAAAAGGAAAAAAAAAACAAAACAGUGAAAGUGCUAUCAUCACUAUUAGCCUUGCACAUUAAGCACUUUUAAUGUUUAUUUACUGACAUUAAAAGCUGGGAAGAUACUCAGAGAUCUGACUGAAUAAUGGACUGAAACAGAUUCAUUCCCUUAACUACGCUGAUAUCACUAGAGAUGUAUUUGUCCCAUAAUCUCUCUUUUUAGCUUUUUUUUAAGCCUUUUUUUUUUUUCCUGAGAUCUGGCAAUUGCAACUGCAGUAGCCUGCAGUCUGUCUUCAGCUCUGAGUUCUCAAUUGAGUUCUUUGUUAAAACUGAAAGCAACACCAAGGAAAUAACAUCUUAGAAUUUCUGUAUUGAUAUGUGCACUUAAAAUAACUCCUUCUUGCUAAUUCUGGCAUUGCAGAAGGGUGUUUUAACAGUCUGAUUUGGUUCAGGUUUUCCUGCAUAGAGAGAUUUAAAUUGUUUUGUACAGUGAAUUGGAGGAAAAUGUUUCUAAUUAUUAUCUUCCUUUCCUAAUUAACCAAAGUAAGAGGGAGGAAGGCAGGGAAAUACUUUUUAUAAAAGAGGGCACCAAAAUGUUGUUCCUAAAAUGUUAGGCAUCAUAUAUUUGUAUUUCUGUAGGUAUUUGUCCUAGAAGGGCUCAACCUAUUGUACAUGUAUGUACAAGGCAUUUGUAUGUUAGUGCAUAAAAGACUUGCUGGCUUGUUGUGUUGGAGGUGGGAAUAAUUUAUAUUCAAACUAAGCUUUGAGACAUGGCUUUUAAUUAGGCUUUUUUUCUUGAGUUUCCUCGCAAUAAAACAACUCUAUAAUGUAGCAAGUGAAAGCACUAUUUCCUUUUCAAAGCAUUUGAGGGGCACUGGUACUUUGCUGUGUUUCCCCUUGCAAAAUUAAUUAUUAGCAACAACUGAACCAAUGGCCAGAUACAACAGGAAGGCCAUUCUCCUAUUCUAAACUCUCUCAGGCCUUUCUAGCAACAAAGCACAUACUGACCUUUUGUCUUCAAUAUUAGAGAGCUUUUAUAUUCCAUAGGAUAGCACCUGUCUGAGAGAUUUAGAAUUUUAUUUGCAUUUUCCCUAAAAGCACAGUAGGAGUUAUGGUAAACCUUCCUGUAGGUCUUGUUCCUCACUAUGUCUUUUGAGUUGAGUGGUGUGUAUGUCCCCAGACCUUGUAAGAAAGGUCUCAAAAAACAAUGGAAUGUAAUCUCAUCUGAAAAUGUGACCUAUUUCCGUGAUUUUUUUUUUUUUUUUUUUAAAACAAGGGAUUUUCUUCCUGUGUAGGAGAAGGGGAAAAUGAAGGAGGGAGAUCAGGGUCAAGCAGCAAAGAGUGUUUAACUCUUAGCAGAGGUUUUAAGGUCUCUCCAUAAAUGCAUCCAUCAUGAAGAAGGUCAUAGCCAAACUGUGAUAACUUCCAGUUUGGCAGUGAAGUGCAUUAACUUGAUACCGAGAAAUACUGUCAAAUACUGUGUCUUGUUCAGAAAGAGAAACGCUGAUCCUCGUAAAGCUCAGUGCCCUAAAUGGAGUUGUGAAUAAGUAUGGGGGAGAAUCUGUCUUAAUGAACAGACUGUCAAAUUUUUGAGCUCUCCAUUUAGAGUAGCACGUGAAUAUGUUUUUACAAGCCCUGGAAAGAGGUGGUGGAUCCAAGUUAUAAAUCCUGGUGAAUUUCUAGCACCUCCUUAAGUGCGGUGAGCCUUAGGACCUGAAAAGUUAGGAUGUAAGUGAAGUUCGUAGAAGAUCCCUUUUACCGCUGGCUAAUAUGGACGUAGUUCAACAAUUUAUACUUUCUUCACUUUGCAUGUGCAGGUUUUAUGUUUAAGUAAAAUUCUUGGAUUUAGAACUUUUUCAUCAAAGCCUCUUCAAAAUAAUUCUUUUUUUCC